UAGUUUCUUCAUUAGUUUAGUUUAAGGCGAAGAGACGAUAUUUUUUAAUAAAAAAUUUUAAUUUUUUUUUAAAAAUAUUUAUUUAAAAAAUAAAAUAAAUUAAUUUUUAAAAAAAUUUAAAUUUAUUAUGCAAAAAAUAUUUUUUUUUUUUUGUAAAUUAAAUAAAAAUUUUAUAAACUGGAUGUGGGUGGAAUAAUAUAAAUAAUUAUCAGUGACGGGGGUGUAAAAAUUAUUUAAACAAAUUAUAUAAAAAUUGUGUUAAAAUGUAAGAAAAAAAAUAACAGAAAAAUAGAAGAGAGUGCAAAUUUUCAAUAAUUGACAAAUUAAAGUGAAAGAAAGAGAGAGAGAGAGAGAGAGAGAAAGAAAAAAAAAUUUAUUUUUAAUAAUUAUUUUUAAAAAAAAUUCUUAAUCUGGAUUGUAAGCUGAAAUAGAAUUGGUCAAUCUUUCAUGGAGUCCGAGCUUGUGAUUGGAGCUUCAAGAGCUUAUGAAAUAUUUCCACCACUGCUUUUAUGCAGUAAAAAUUUCAAAAUCUCAUCAAUUUCCGUCACAGAAAAAAAACAAGCGGAAAAACAAUUUUGGUCAUUUAAUAAUUCCGUUUGGUUAACAGCAUUUGGUUAAAAAAAAAAUGUUACAUAAUCGUUUGUUAUUGUUAUUAUUAUUAUAAAUGAGAAAAAAAAUUAUUUUUUUCCAUUACGUAUAAAUUCAAUUCAAAAGAAGAAGAAAAUAGAUCAAUGUCAUUUGCGUCAAACAAUAACAAAGUGUUUGUAAUUAUUUUCUUUUUUUAAAUAAAAAAAAAAAUUCUGUUCAUUGAUUGCGAGAUAAAUGUUUUUUGGAGAAAAUUUAUUAAAAUAUUUAUUUAAAUCAAUUAAAAAUGUUUUAUUAAAGUAAAAAAUUUUUUUGUUUAAUUCAAAGAAAUUUUUUUUUAUUUAAAAAAAAUUUAUUUUUAAGAAUUUCCCUCAAUUUUUUUUUUUUUUUUUUUGAAAAAAAAUGUCUCUUGAUUUUCUCGCUGGAUGCCUUGGAGGAUGCGCAGGUAUUUUGGUUGGUUAUCCACUCGAUACAAUAAAAGUUCAUAUACAAACACAAGAUCACAAUAAUCCAAAAUACAAAGGCACUUGGCAUUGUUUUCGUUCAAUUUUGGCCAGAGAUUCAAUAUCAGGACUCUAUAGAGGAAUGUCAUCACCAAUUGCUGGCGUGGCAGCAGUGAAUGCAAUUGUUUUUGGUGUCUAUGGAACAACACACAGAUCAUUCGCCGAAUCCGAACACUUGGGUGUACAUUUUUUAGCGGGUGCUUCAGCUGGAAUGGCACAAACACCUGUUUGCAGUCCCAUUGAAUUAGCAAAAACUCGUUUACAACUACAAAAUUCUGAUAAUCGUUCAGGACCACUACAAUGUCUCAAAGAUAUUUAUAAACGUGAGGGUUCGAGAGGAAUUUUCAAUGGAUUAGGAAUCACACUCAUUCGUGAAAUUCCCAGCUAUGGAAUUUAUUUUCUCACCUACGAAGCAUUGACAAGAUCAUCAGGUCCUACUGGUAUUUCAACAUGGUACAUGCUUCUCGCUGGGGGAUUGGCAGGUACAGCUUCAUGGGUAUUUACCUAUCCGGUGGAUGUUGUUAAAUCAAGAAUUCAAGCCGAUACAGUGGGAAAAUAUACAGGUGCUUGGGAUUGUUUUGAAAAAUCAUUAAAAUCCGAAGGUGUUACAUCACUUUUUCGUGGUUUAAAUUCAACAAUUAUUCGUGCAUUUCCCACUAAUGCAGUGACAUUUACUGUUGUCACUUGGACAUUAAAAUUAUUUAGUAAGGAACCAGAAAUAGAAAAGGAAUUAAUUGAUAAUAAUAAUAAUUGCGAUAAUUUUAAUCGAAUAUCGUCAUUGUCAGUAACGUCAUCAGUACCUGUUAAAGAAACAUUUAUUAAAGAAUGGAAUUUAUUGUUGAAUAAUAUUGUCAUUCGUCAAUUUGAAUUAUCGCGGUCUUAUUAUAGUUCAUUGUCAUCGUCGUCGAUUAAUUUUCGAGGUAUUGGAAAUGAAUUGGUUAAUCAGAAAUGUCAGGAGGAGUAACAAUUUUUUGGAAAAAAAAUUUUUUUUUUAAUUUUUAAUUAUGAUUUAAUUUUAAUGAGGUUUGAAAUAUUAUAAUAAAUGUAAUUGAGAAAUUUAGUUAAUUAAUAAUUAGCAAUUAGUUGUUGUCAGUGACGGAUUCAAAGUGGAAAGUUCCCCCCCCCCAUCACAUUAGAGUAGAAAGAUUUGACUUAGAUGAGAGAGAAAGAAAUAACACUAUAUUGUGAUCUUUGUUGUAGGCGUGGCUUAAGUAUUUAGGGCUAAUGCACAAUAAAUUUGUGAAAGUUAUUCGCAAACGAGAUUCGUAAUGAAAUCUGGUGGGAAUUUAGUUAUUUUCGAGUGAGUUUUUAUAAGUAAAAUUUUGGAGAAACCUAGUAGAAAGUAAAUAAAUUUUCACCAGAGAUUUCAUUGGGCAUUAAAAAACAGAGAUGUGAUCGUACCUUUAUAGAUGAACCCCUCCCUUACCCAAAAGUCUUGUUUGGAUCCGUCCCUGGCCGAUUAGGGCCAAUGCACAAUAGCUUCGUUAAGGUUUAUUUUCAUUGUCCUCAUUCGCCAUUUGUCAUAAUUCUCGUCAACUACCGCACCCUGCUCUAAUAAAAAUUGUAACUUUUAAUUUUAACAAUAAAAGUCUCUAAAGUUUCACUAGAGCUGGGUACGGUAGUUGAUGAAAAUUAUGACAAAUGGCGAGUAGGGACCAUGAAAACCAACCCUAAGGCCAUUCGCAAACGAGAUGCAUGAGAAAGAAAAGGACACAAAUAUCUGUCCUUUUCUCACGCAUGCUUCACGUUCAAUAAAAUUAAUUAGGGAUGUUAUUCUGCUUAAGUCUUUAAUUAGUUAAUAAAUAAAACAAUUAUGUUAAUUACAAUAAUAACUAUAAUAAUGACAAUAAUAAUAAUAAUAAUAAUAAUAAUAAUCAUAAAAUUAUAUUAAUAGUAAUUAUAAUAAUUAUAAAAAUAAGUUUACUGUUUUGUUAAAAAGAAAAUAAAAUUUCAAAAAUUGUCAAAUUAUUAAUAAUGACCAUUUUUAACUGUAAAUUAUUUUAAAAAAUGUAUAAACAUUUAAUAAAUGUUUUUAAAAAGUU